UGACGAAUAGACAUCUCAUUGGUUUGAGGUGUCGUGCCAUAAUAUUUCUGAGGAGAUAUCGAAUGUUUACGGUUUCGAAAACAUAAAUAUUGAAGAAGACUAACCAGUUAAUGAGCUUUGUUUUCCGACAAUGUCUUGAUAAUUGUAUUUGGGCAAAGAAAGAUAGGAGACCACACAAGGUGUCCCACAAGGCUAUAUUACUAUUUAAAGUUUAAAACAAAGAAAUAUGGAGAGAGGUGCCAGUACCUCACAGGCUUACUCUGAUGGAGCCUCAGCCCUGCCUACACCAAUCUAUAUACAACCACAUGCACUUAGUGUUGACUCAAUAGCUCUCGAUAGUGACUAUUCUGAUGCUGAAGAGGAAAUUGAUGUUGGCUUCAAGAGGAAGGACAUAAUAAAAAGAUCAGAAGUAGGACGUCUCUUACAUGAAGCAGAGGAUUCUGAUCAUGCCAAUAAUGAGAAGGCUUUUGAGGAUGCUGAUGGAGUGAAUAUACUGUCAGUACCAGCAAAAUGCGCUGAGCAAGCAGAAGAAUUUGUUCGAAAGGUAUGGGAAGCAGGAUGGCGAGUGGUUCACCAUCACUCACUCCCUGACUGGCUCAAAGACAAUGAUUUCCUGCUCAAAGGACACCGCCCACCCACAGGUUCAUUCAUGGCUUGUUUCAAGUCAAUAUUUCAGAUUCACACUGAAACAGGCAAUAUAUGGACACAUCUCCUAGGUAUGAUAGCUUUUAUGGGUAUAGCCAUCUACUUCCUGUCUAGGCCAUCUGUGGAGAUUCAGUGGCAGGAAAAAGCUGUUUUCUCAGCCUUCUUUGCUGGUGCCAUCUUGUGUAUGGGUUUCUCCUGGGUGUUCCACACAGUUUAUUGUCACUCAGAAAGGGUUGGCAAGUUCUUUAAUAAGUUGGAUUAUUGUGGAAUUGCCCUCCUGACUAUGGGUUCCUUUGUGCCAUGGCUUUACUACAGCUUCUACUGUCGUACUGAGCCCAAGGUGGCUUACCUUGUCUUGAUUUUUGUUUUGGGCAUCAUGUGUAUAGUUGUUGCCAUGUGGGACAAGUUCAGUCAACCAGGAUACCGGCCCGUCAGAGCAGGGGUGUUUGUGGGCCUUGGUCUGAGUGGAGUUAUACCGGCGCUGCAUUAUGUUAUCACUGAUGGUUUCUACCAUGCCAUCAACUUUGCUGCUCUUGGUUGGCUCUGUCUGAUGGCACUGCUCUACAUAGCAGGUGCAUUCAUUUAUGCACUCAGAAUACCCGAAAGGAUAUUUCCUGGCAAAUUUGACAUCUGGUUUCAGAGCCACCAAAUCUUCCAUAUAUUUGUGGUGGCAGCAGCGUUUGUACACUAUCAUGGAAUCUCUGAGAUUGCCAACUACCGCCUUACACGAGGGGACUGCCUUGAGACCGAGAUUGAAUGAGCACAUUGGAGAAAGUCAUAGUUUGCCAUCUAUAUAAGUUUGUGACAGGGGAUUGGAGAUAGCAAGACAAUUCAAAUUGGGGUUGACUAGCAAGUCAUCUUGAUACUGUAGCUUCAAUUUUGACAGCUACCUGAAAGGAGGUGGAGUGUUUGAAAUGAUCAUCUCUGGUCAUCUAGACUUUGUUGCCUUCACAGUUUAUAUUGAGCCAAACUGCGCCUCACUUUGCUGUCACUUUUUGAGGAUUAUUUAUUGUCAUAAAGGGAGACAAAUCAGUUUGAAACUUGCUUUGAGUGUGUUUGAAUGAUACCUAGCAAUUGGCUGAAACGGAUACCAAAAACAUGCUUGAAUACAGUAAUUAAAAUUAUUGAAGUGUCUGAAAUUAAGAUUAUCAGCUUUUCUACAAGACGUGUCAUUUAGAUAGUGAUUUUUAGGGUCAUUGGGCAAGGGGUCAGGCUAUGGCCCAGGUUGUCCUGAACCCCAUAACAUAUGGUAUGUCAAGUGUGCCACUGUUAUGCCAUUUGUUUAAAAAAAAUGUAUAUAUUUUCCUUCAUUAAGGUAAAUGUCCACACAUAGGACCUGGAUUAUAACAUUUUUCAUUAAUUUCUUAUUCUACUAAUGGCCAUCAUGGUUACCAUUUUAUGACCAAUUAUUUCUGCUUACAUUACUGUGUAGGUUUGUAUGUAGAUAGUGGGUUGUUUGGUCGGUUGUCCGUCCACCUGGCUUCCAUCCAUACCUAUCAUAUCUGCCUAUCUAUCAAUGAAUUACAGUACAUAUUCUCGGCUAACCAGGUCCGAAGGCCCAAGUGAGCUUAUGGCAUGGCAACUUGCCCGUCUGUUGACUACUUCUCCGAAACUGCUGAAGGGAAGUGCCUUGAACCAUAUUAAGAAAUAGAGAAUUGUUCAUGUCAUUAAAAUAAAAUAAGAAUUACCUCAGCUGGCUGAAAUUUCAUAUGUCUCAAGUUUGUGGUUUUCAGUAUGACAUAGAGUAUGCAAAUUUUUUACUAAUAAUGCAUUACUUCUUAAUGUAUCUGACGAAAUUAUGCAGGAUAAGUACACAAAUGUAAUAAAAUAUUUCGAUUUUACUAAUUUUGGCAUCUCUGAAACGGCAAGACCUAUUAAAAUGAAACUUUGAACGAAUGAUUUUAGGUUAUGGUGCUUUGUACAAGUGCUCACAUAAGGGCUCACUUAAUACUGAUUUGAUCUUAUACAUGGACACGGUUAAACCUUCACAGCAUUAUAGUUAGUUUUACCUCAGUGAAAAUGCUGUCAUGGGCAAUAAGAAUCUAAGUAGGUGCAAAAUAAGAAAACUAUAUCUUGGACCCCACACUAGCCUUCCACCAUAUUUCAUCAAUUCGUCUGCAUACAAUGGGGAGCAAUGGCAAAAUGUAGGUUUUUGAUGGCGGUUUACCAUGGAAACUGACCUUGACUUUGAAAAGAGUUGUUUCGUACAACAAUAGGUGAUGCUUUUGGUAGGAGUGUCCAUGGAAAGUUUCACCAUUCUGCACCUUUUUAUAACAAGUAACAAGUGCAACAAAUUCAUGCAGGCCCAAACUGUCCGUGGACAGUAGGCCUGCAUUUUCGACAAUUUGACUAGUCUGUCUGUUACACCUUGUCUGAUAAUAGCCAUUACACACCAAUGGUUGUGCGUUUCAAUCCUGGUUCCCCAAAUUUAUUUCUAGGUUUGUCACAGGUUUGUCACACAUCAUACCCAUGCUCAAUAUGUUUCACCAAAGUUGUAAACGUCUCACACCUGCAUCACUUCAUGCUUUCCUCCCAUAUUCAGCCAUGUAACUAGAAUACUUGUCAAAGCGGUGUUAAAUCCAACUCACUCACUCCCUCAAAGCCAUAACAUUUGUUAUUGCCAUUGAGACAAGGCUUACCCAUGGAGCAAGAUGCCCAGAUCUCAACGUAAUUGAGCACUUGUGGUCGUCGUGUGAGACCCACCAAUACAAACUGUACAGGAACAGGAACAUGCCCUUCAUGAGGAAUGGAACAACAUGCCCCUGUUCUGAUUUAAGCGUUUGGUGACCUCCAUGAGUAGGCAUGUUGUAAAGGUCCCCAGAUCAUGUGGUGCUUACACCAGCUUUUGAAACCGACACAGAGUGUGUGUGUCAGAAGAUUUGCCAACAUGUAGACAAAUAGGACCAAAAAAAUUACGCAUGGACACAUACAUAAAUUGGGUUAAAAAUAAUUGAAAACUUUACAUUUUUUUUUAAAUGUGAAAUAAAGGUGUGCUAAUUUAUUAUUGAGUUAGGGUGCAAACAAACAUCACAUUCUAUUUAAACUCAGUUAUAUUUCAUACCUUCAACAUACAAGAUUUUCAGUCAAUGUAAAGAUAACACAUUAUUAAAUUAUGAGUGGUGCUUAAUUUUUGCACAGGUUUAAGCAAUAUUUCUAUGAUGGAUUGUAUUUUCAAAAGGUUCUCUUUGACCUGUGACAUGGAAUACAUGAAUUCAGUUCAUGAAAAUGCAAAAUAUUUUUUAAUAAAUAAUACAUUCACACAUAACAGUAGAACUGUAUUUGUAGUAUGCAACAGUCACUCUUGUAUCACCACAACUUUGCUUUCAAUUUGUCUAUGGCUGAGAUGGAGGCCAGAGUCACUAGACAUGAAGUGCUAAUACUUUUGUUGUGAAGUAGUGGCAUGGGACAUUUGGUUUCAAAGUUGUACUGCAUUGGGUAUGUGAUUUUGAAAACCAGAAGGGAUGUCAUGAAACCAGUGCAUAUAAAAUUGUUAUUAGUUGAGCUGGAGGCAUAGGACUUAGUUUUACUGCAUUAGACAUUAUUUUACCAAAUGCUUUGAUACUUUACAGGAAUGUUGCCAUAUAUUAAUAAUAAAAAUAUUACACUCACAUUUUUCUGUCCUUGCAUCAAUCAGACCACGGUACAAAGUCGCACUUCCUUUGUUUUCACAGCUGAAGACUUCACUAUAAAAACAUUCAGGUCACUUUGAAUGUAUGUGGUGAGCAACAGUGCCUUAGUGCUAAUUUUGCCACUUUAUGGAGCUCACUAUGGGUAGAUGCACAUCCCUUGAGCUUGGCAGGAGGUGCAGGUCAUGGGUUAGAAUUUCAGAUUUGCCUUGGUUUUCAUUCUCGUUCUAUGAGUACCACACAUUGCUCACACAUUCAGUUGACCUGCUGAGAUGUGACUGAAAUGUUUAUUAAAAUACCAUAUACCUCACACAAGAUUAUACCUAAAAUGUCAAGUACAUUUUUUUCAGACAAGUCACUCAAAGACCUUCAGUUAAACAAUUAGUUAAAUAUAUAUGGGGACAUUUAAUUCUUUUUAUAAUUUUUUCUCAGAACCCACAAAUUCUGUGAGACUCAAACUGAUUCGCCAGCUUGUGCAUUUAUCAAAGUGUACCCCGGUAAUUUAAUUUCGAGAUGGGCAAAGUGUUAUGUCAUAGACGUUUUCACUUCUUUGUGGACCUUUGCAUUGGGAUAACAUUGUAUUUUGGUUGUUAUUCAUUUCCCUGAUAUUUUCACCAUGACCGAAAUGUGUUUAUGGUUUUUCUUAUAGUAUAUCUUAUGUGAAUGGCAGGAUGAUGCAGUAAACUAAACAUAGCAGAAUAAAAAUGCUACCGUAUUCGACGUAAUAAGCGCCCAGGGCGCUCUCAAAAUUAGAAAUAGGGGGCUCUUUUUAGAAUAUUAUUUU